AUGAGGCCUUCUUUUUACAAUGGAUUUCAUUCUGUGUUCCCGAACUCACGCGCGAAAUUGCAUUAUUGUCGAUGGCAUAUUGGAAAGACAUGGGAAAGGAGCGCAAACAAAUAUGUUGAACUUCGAGUAAGAACUAGAGUGAAGAAGAUGUUGAAGGACCUUUUGGUCAUAAGGGAACUGUCGUCGUUUCAACAACAUUUUGCCGAACUCCUUGCAUACCUGCGGACGGAGGGCAGGACCCUUACGUGGGGAUCAUUUUUCAAUCCAGAUGCAAUUAUGGAUACGACUAUGAUAAGUGAGCGCUGGCACCUCCGUCUAAAGUCAGAGUUUUUCCAUAGAAACGCAAAUAACCGUGCCGACUGUCUAGCUUAUCGACGCUCAGCUAACUCUUCUUAUCGCAGCCAACAAAGCGCUAUUUGUCAUCGAAUAGCUUUGAAGAAGUUCCGUAGCCAUUCUGACAGGAUAAAACAGUUGGAGCCUGAAAAAUGGGAAGUGUAUUCGAAGAGGUUGACAGAAGUAUUCAAAGUGCAGCGUAUUCGCGACUGCGAAUGUUCACUGUCCCUUGUGCGGGAUAUGCCUCUAUGCUUGGUCCUGUUCUUGCAAGGACAACCGUGCCGCAAUAAGCUGCGUGGAUAG